CGCCGCGCUCCAACUCGUCGCUCCAACAUUCCCACCUCCGUCUCCAUCUCCAACUCCAACUUGCACUCUCUUUUCCUUCUUGCUCUCUAGCUCCCUCCGCCUCCCUCCCCCACCACACUCGCUAACUCACAACCAUGGGCGACUCGGCCAUCCACGCUGUUGCUGGCGCCGUCGGCGGCGCCAUCUCCAUGACGCUCACCUACCCGCUCGUCAACCUCUCGACCCGCGCUGCCGUUGCCACCAAGCACGAGGACGUGAGCCUCAAGGACGCCAUCGUCCAGACCGUCAAGAAGGAGGGCCUCUCGGGCCUCUACUCUGGCCUCGAGAGCUCCCUCUUCGGCAUCGCCCUCACUAACGGCAUCUACUACCUCUUCUACGAGGAGACGCGCUCGCAGCUCAUCAAGCGCCGCACCGUGCAGACCGGCGAGGGCCUGUCGACGUCCGAGGGCAUCAUUGCCGGCAUGAUCGCCGGCUCCAUCACCACCACGCUCACCAACCCCGUGUGGACCGUGCAGGCGUACCAGUCGACCAAGGUGACGACCAACGCCGAGGGCAAGGUCGAGAAGCCGACGAUGGGCUCGGCCGCGAACGACAUCAUCAAGCAGAGCGGCAUCAAGGGCCUGUGGCGCGGUCUCGGGCCCGCCCUCAUCCUCGUCAUCAACCCCGUGAUCCAGUACACGACGUUUGAGCGCAUGGUGAGCCUGCUGCUCAACUACCGCGCCAAGAAGGCGGGCGCAAUCGCCGUGGCCACCCGCUCGGCCCUGUCCGACCGCGACCUCUUCGUCCUCGGCGCCCUCUCCAAGCUCAUCGCCACCGGCGUCACCUACCCCUACCUCGUGGUCAAGAGCCGCCUCCAGGUCGCCAGCCACAAGUACAAGAGCUCCGUGACUGCCGUCCUCGAGAUCCUCAAGACCGAGGGCCUGCGCGGCAUCUACGCCGGCCUCGGGCCCAAGCUCCUCCAGAGCGCCCUCACCGCCGCCUUCAUGUUCGUCGCCCAGCGCCGCCUGUACGAGGUCGUCAAGAACCUCAUUGUCCAGAUCCAGGCCCGCAAGGCCAUCCCCAUUGCCAAGGCCUAGGCUGCGUGCUGUAACAUGCAACGAUUCGAUUAGGUUGUGGGUGUGGGUGUGGGUGUGGGUGUGGGUGUGGGUGUGGGUGUGGGGCGGGACAGUGCGGUAUCGAC